AUGGCGUUGAAAUCAAGUGAAAUUGGUGGCAGUGACAAUGCGAGUAUUUUGAGUGGUCUGCAUUUCGGCAAGGUGAACGAUAUAGCCCUCAAGAUUCUGGGCUCCCCGGAGAUGUUGAAGCUGAAGGCGGAGCUGGGGAGACGGAUUGAAGCCCGGUUUUCAAAACAGUGCAGCGAAACUAGUGACACGGUAGGGACAAUGGUGCAGCUGCGCAACGAGAAGCAGAUCGCAUCGAUCGUCGAGCUGUGCUUGAAUGCCAUCCAGGCCCAAUUGAAACCCAAAAUCGCUCUCGGUAACAGCAAGCUGUCAAAGGAACUCGAGAGCUUAUGCCUCCAAAUUGUUCCACCGGUUACGAAGCUGAUCGCGGGCUUCGUUGAGUUAUGCUAUGCCAACUCUGGGGCGAUCUUGUAUUAUGGAACAUUGGCAGCUGUCGUGGUAGCAGUAGCUGGGAUUGUUGCGACCGCAGUGUGGGCUGCCUUGAAGAUAACGAAUUCGAGCGACACCGAUGAUGGGAACAAAGAA